CAUAAAUGUUGUGUGAUUUUCUAUAAGACAGUAUAGGGAAAUUGCAUGUAUAACCUUCAAAAAAUUAAACAGCAUUUAUGUCCGGUACUGUAUCUACAGAAGCCCGGUUGGUUCACUUUCUAAUGUGUCACAGUGGCGCCGUUUCUCGUCAACUUUUAAACUAGUUGAGAAACAUCCUUGAAGAAACUGAACCUCCGCAGCCAUUUUGGCGAUGAACAACCAAAAAGGAGAGUGGUUAUUUUAUACAGUUUCGAGAUAUAACAAGAAUUUUUGAGGUAGUAUACAAUAAAUGAACUAAACUCGAAAAAAUAAAUUCUAUUUUUAAAUUUCAUCCUGUAGAAUUUUCAAUAUUUAAUUAAGUGAAAUGUGUGAUCCAGCGAGUGCAGCUAUACAUUUACCGAUGAAUACUGACGAUGAUGUUGAUGAGCCAAUUUCCUGCAGUGACAACGAUGUUCUUUUUCAAAAUAAACAAAAUAAAGUGAAUUCCCUACACAGUACCGAGUAUUAUAAAAUAACGUAUAAUACUGAUCGAAAAUCAAAUUUAUUAUCAAAAAAAAAUAUAAAUGACCAAGCUGCUGUACAUGAAUUGGAUUCAACACAUAAUAGUAAUAUGAGAAGCUCUAAAGAUCACAAUUAUAGUGAUACAUUAAAAUAUGAAAAAACUGAAAAUAUCUCAUACAAAAUAAAAAAAGAAUAUAGUUCUCAAUCGGGUGUGAUUGGUAAAAAUAUUUCAUCAUCAUCUUCUCUUAAAACUAAUAAAUCUUUAUUUGAAAUAAAAAAUAUAAAUGAUUUAAAAAAGGUGUUGCCAAAAGUAAAAUUGUUGAAUGAUCAAAUUGAUACAUUGAAUGAUUUGAGUAAAACGCAUAUGUCAAAACCGGUUAACAAUUUUAUGACAUCAGAAGUGACAAAUCAAAAAUAUAAAUUAAAAGAUUACUGUCGUACAUGUGCUGGUUUAAAAAUACCUUUAGUUGAUAUUUUUAGUGAAAAAGGUAUUCAAAUGAGAUUAAGCCAACAAAUGAAACAUUUGGAAAAUAUCGAAGAGCAUGAUAAUUUAUCUACACAAAUGUGUAUGGACUGUAUCUGUGAUCUAAAGAUGAGUUACAAAUUUUUUAUGCAAAUAAAAAAAGCGCAAGUUAAAUUGAAGUCGAUUUAUGAAUCUUCAAAUUUACAAUUAUCAUCUAAUGCUGAAUAUAGAUCUACAACACAAUCUUUAAAAUUUAAUCACUCUGAAAAAACGUUCCUAAGAAAUAAUGAUAAUUUGAACGUCUAUAGUGAAAGAACUAAUGAAAAUGAAUCAUUAUCAAGUUUAAAAAAUAAUAAUGAUUCUAUACAAAUAGAAAAUAAAAAGCAAUUAAAACAACUGUAUGAAGUUUCACAAAAUAAUAGUGGAUAUGAUUCAAUAGAAGAAUUUGAUCCCGAUGAUACUCUAAUUCAAACAGAAACUAUAGAAUCAGACACUUUGGCAAUAGAUAAUGAUGAUAUUAAAAAUCCAAAGUGUGACAAAGUUGUUUACAUUAAAGAAAAUUCUUGUUCUCUUGAAACAUCUAAAAGAAGUAAUGAAUUCGACACAAGCACAGGAGAUACAACGAUAUACCAAUAUGAUACAGAAUUAGAUACUUAUAUAAAAUUGAAUUCAUUUGAAGGUGUUUCUAAAAUGAAAAAUGUCUAUGAAGUUGAUUCAUCUCAAUUAUUUUCUGUUUCGUCUGAAAUGCCUAAAAAUACUGAAAAUUUUCAAACUGUAAAUAAUGAAAUAAAAGAAAUUUCAAAACAUCCAAGUAUAUUAAAAAGGAAAAUAUUAGUCUGUGAUAAACCAACAAAUUCAAUGAAUAUAAACCAACAUGAUAAUGAAUUGCAAGUUAUCAAUAAAGAAGCGAAAAUUCAUAAAUUAAAUACAUUAAAUGUAUCACCGUCAGAUGAGCAAGGAAUAAUGUAUGUUACUGUAAAAGGAUCUAAACCAAAUGAAUUAUUAUUAGUGAAAGUUAAAAAAAUGGAUAAAGCUGAUGAAAAAAAAGAUGAUAAUAAUUUACAUAAAAAAGUCACUGACACAAAAAUUAUAGACAAAACUUGUGGAUUUAAAAAUAUUAUUUUUAAAGAUAAAUAUAAUAUUCGAUCAAAAGAAUUAGAAAAUCGCGGUGCGAUAAUUGAAGAACAAAUUGAAGAAUAUAAGAAAAAACGUGAGAAAAUUCUUGGUGGUAUUUCUAAUAGUUCCUCAUCUGAUAUAAAUAAUACAUGUGUAGAACCAAAAAGUUAUGAAAAUCAGCAAUCCCAAAUUUUAGAUUCAAACAAAAUAACUUUACAUAACGAAGAGUGGGAAUUAUUAGAAAACAUAAAUGAUCAAUCAGAUAAUGAUAUACUUUAUUUAGAUAAUAAUUUAAAUACUACUGAAAAAAUAGAACAAAAUAUCACAGAAAAAUAUUUAGGUUCAUCAGUAUUAAAUCAAAAAUUAGAUCAGAUGAAAAAUAAAAAAUUAAUUUGCCAAAAAGUAGUUGAUGAAUCAACCAAUUCAGACAACAGCAUUGAAAAGUUAUCUCGUCUAUUAGGAGAAAGAGAAAAAAAUUUACAACAUUUUCAAGACUAUCUUAAACAAAGAAAAAUAAUUAUUAACAAAUUAAAGGAUAAUGACAUAUUAUCAUUGUAUGAAAACAGUACUUUUAAUGAUAUUGAAUCAAGUAAUGCUACUACAAUUUCACAAAAUGCUAUUUUAGAUUUUCGAAAUGAAGUAGAUUCGACUCAAGAAAGUAUUUUUGACUGCGACUAUUGUCUAAAUACAUUCAAAACUCGUGAAACUCUUGAAGAACAUUUCAAAAUUCAUGAUUAUAAACUUUUUUAUUUUUGUGAAGAUUGUAAUAGUGAAUUUUUAACUAAUAAAGCUAAACGAUCUCAUAGUAUUACUUGUUUGAAGAAACUAAUUUGUAAUUAUUGCAAUUUAAUGUUAGAAUCAAAAGGAAAAAAACGUCAACACGAACAAAAACAUUGUGAUGCCAUUUAUGGUCAACUUUGCGAUGUAUGUGGUGAAAAAUUUAAGCAUCAAGGGACAUUAGAUCAACAUAUUAAAACACAGCAUAUGAGUUGGGAAAAAAUUUUUCAAUGUCCUAAAUGUCCUAAAAAAUUUGCUUUUAAACAAAAAUUAACAUUUCAUGUUAAAUCUGUUCAUACUACUUUGAGAGCAUAUUUGUGUGAAGAUUGUGGCGCUGAUUUUAAAAAUCCAGCUUCUUUAAGACAUCAUCGGAUAAGAAAACAUCAACCAACGAGUAAUAAACGUGAAUGUCAGGUGUGUCAUAAAUUAGUUCCAUUUUAUAGUCUUUCUAAACAUAUGUAUACACAUAAAGCGUACACAAUUAAAUGUCCACAUUGUGAUAAAAUGUUUAAAAAUUCAUCAACAUUAAAACAACAUUUACGUAUUCAUGAAGAUCAACGACAAUAUAGAUGCGAUACUUGUGGUGUUGGGUUCAAUCGACGAGAUGGAUUAAGAUUGCACAUGCGAGUUCAUCAAAAAUCUGAUAGCCGUGCUCUUAAAGAAUGUUCAUGUCAGAUUUGUUCUGAAAAGUUUCCAAAUCAUUCAAUGCUUGUUAUUCAUCGAAAUCGUGUUCAUAAAGAUGGAAAACAAUAUACGUGUCAUAUUUGCAACAGAUCAAUGCUUUCUACGAGAUCCUUAGAAUGGCAUAUGUCUCACAUUCAUAAUGAAAUACCAGUGGGAAUGGCAGAUGAACAGUCAGAUGUUAUUAUUGAAAAGAAAAGAGUAUCUUGUAACCACUGUAAUAAAACUUUUAAAACAGAAAUGAUAUUGCGAACUCAUAUUAAGAAUACGCACAUGGAAAAAAAUCCAGUUAAAUGUGCAGAUUGUGAUUUAAAAUUUACAUCAGAAGUAAGAUUAAGACAUCAUAUGAUGAUUGCACAUAAUCGAUUAGAAGGUACAUUAACAUGUCCUCAUUGUCCGAAACGAUUUGUGAAUCAAUUACGAUUAAAAACUCAUAUGAUAUCGCAUUCAGAAGAACGACCGUAUACAUGUGAAAUAUGCGGCUUUAAUUUGAAAACAAAAAUUCAAUUGAUAAAACAUCAUCAAAAUAGACAUAGUGAUGAACGACCUCUUCAAUGUCGAUAUUGUCCUUGGCGAUGUAAACAAGUUAGUGCACUUGUUUGCCAUGAACGAACUCACACUAACGAAAGACCAUAUUCUUGUAUUGUGUGUAAGCAGCGUUUUAAAUAUCUAGGUGAUAAAAACAAACACGAGAGAAGACAUGAGAGCCUUGGAGGGUCAGGAUUCAAAAGAAUCGUCGCAGGAAGAAAUAUUAAGAAUAUUCGAAACAGUCAUCAUGAUGUAGGAGAAACAACUUCCGUUUCUGAUCAAGAACAAAUGGAUUUACAAGAAGGUGAAUACGAUACAAAUACAGAAGCCGAUUUAACAAUGGAGCGACAUUAUGGAAUAGAAGCAAAUGAAGAAUUUGAAAAUAAGUAUAAUGUCGAAAAUCAAGAAAUAAUUAAAUUCGAAGCUGAAGAAAAUAUUAAAGAAGAUUAUGAUCACACUACAAAUUAUGAACAACAAGAAUUUGAAGAAACGUCGCAAGAUGCUUCUGAAGCUGCUGAUGUGAUAAUGAGUAUAGAAGAUACAGCAGUAUAUACUGAAGAAGUCACUGCUGAUAAUAUCGAGCAUGCAGAAAUGAUAUCGAAUCAAAUUUUACGGACAGGUACUGUAGUGCAUUUACAACAGCAAGACGAUACUGGAAAAAUUCAAAUGAUUCCAGUUAUGCUAUCUUUGCCUGAUUUAACUGAUGAUAGUACUACAGAAGUUAAUUUAAGUUCUGCAUCAAUAGUGUAUGAUAGUUAGGGAAUUUUUAUUUUUAUUUUUGGACACAAUUUUUUAAUAUAUAUACAUAUAUAUGUAUGUAUAUAUAUGUAUAUAUAUGUAUAUUUCAGUAGUCACCCAUAUUACAACUGUUAAUUUUCUUUUUAUUAUUAUAAAAACUAUGAUAAGAGUUUCCGGAGUUGAUUUUGAUUUCAAUUAAUUGAUACUAAUUAUGAAUAAUUUUGUGAAUUUGUCGUACGUUUAAAAUUUGAAUAAAAAACAAUUAUUCUUCAUAAUACUAUAAAUAUGCAUGUACAUCUGUGUAGAAUAAUAUUUUAUAUCAUAGUACAUACAUAUAUGUUAUGUUAUAGUUAUUU